AUGCGGAAGUUUCGGGAGGCUGACAACCCCGACGAGGUUUCCUCUGAGCGGGCAAGCCACAGCAAACGUUCGGACCGGAAAAGGACAACCGACUUCAUUGACGAACUGAAAGAGAAGAUCGACGCGGAUCCUGGAUGCAGCAUGGGCAAGUUGGCGAUAGAAAUGGGCGUGGCACGAAACAAAGCUGAUCGAAAACUCAAGUGUCAAGCAUUGUUGAAUGACAUCAAGCACGAGAGCACCGGCUAUCUGAGGUUCUUUUACGGACCGGAAAAGGACAACCGACUUCGACUUGAGGAUACUGUGAGCAUUUAUGCUGACAAUUUCAUCAACAAUGGAGUGGAUGGCAAAAAACUUCUAUUACUAGACACGGGAGACUUAGAAAACCUUGGUGUAAGGAAGAUUGGACAUCGAGAAGUCAUUCUAGGAGCAGUUGACCUUUUGCGACAUUGUCAUUAUGCAGGGGGUCAGGAGACAUUACAGACACUGUUUAUGCAGCUGGGUGUAAAGGCGACCAGCUUGACAAGGGAGCUGGAACGGACUUUGGAGUCCAAUCCACCCCCAACCCCAUCUGGGAGAGACAAAGUAAAGACAAGCACAAUUGCUGCUGUUGUUGACAUUAUCUCAUCCCUAAAGACUGUUCUCACUUGGCUUGAUCGGACUCCCUUCAGUGAGAACAAGGAGCUGAGGGGAAUUAAGGGGAUCUUCCUACGCUGGGGAAUGGAACUAGCAACAACAGCACAGCGGGACACUUUUGCCGAGCAUCCAGAGCAUGCCAUCUACCGACUGUGCUGCAAUCUUUCCAAUCGAUGUGAAGAGCUUGUCACUGAGAUCACUGACCCACUGACCAUACAACCUCCAUCCCUUCAAAUUGCUAUCCUCCGAAAGAGACCUGAUCAGGAUUUGGGGCUUCGAAUUCAGUCAUGCUUCCGAGGGAUUCAUUCAGUUGGGGAAGUGAAGCCACACUCUCCUGCUCAUUUCUCUGGGAAACUUGAACCUGGGAAUGAGAUCGUUCAAGUCAACUUCCAAACUGUGACCAGACAACUGACAUCACAGAGAUAUGAAUCCGCUGUCGGUGUCCAGUUCAGUCUUUUCACCUUAGCAGCCCAAAGAGCCCGACGAUUCCGCUUUGAUAGGAAGCAAAACACUCCAUAUCGAGUCUCACUCUUGUAG